CCGACAGAAUAGUCACCAACAGAUUUCCAAAACAUCUAAAAUAGUAUUAUAAUAGAUAACAUCAGAACGUAAUGGUGAGCUUGUUGCGCAACUGAUUCAUUCACUUUUAAAACAACUCAGAAGGUACCUUUAAUUUGAGUAUCGUAAAAAUUAUUCAAAAACUAGCUUAAAAAGAAAAAUGGGCGUACUGACGAAGAAACCCAAGGCCUUCGAGGUUCAAAUGAGUGACCCAAACAAGAUCGCGUACAGCGGCGGAGAUAAAGUGGCCGGGCGGGUGAUCGUGGAGGUGGCGGAGCUGCUGAAGGUCUCCGCCGUCAAACUGUUCGGAGUCGGAUGCGCUAAAGUCAAUUAUAAAAAGGGAAAACUGCACUGCAGCGAGGAGAUUGAGUACCUGAAAUAUGAAGAAAUUCUUCAUCUUGAUCAUCAUUCAACAACAGAUGAUGAAGGCUCCAUCACUCUCAGGCCUGGAAACAGAUACGAAUUCAUGUUUGGGUUCGAGCUUCCUCAGUCAGGGUGCUUAGUUUCAUCUUAUGAGGGGAAGUUUGGCUCAGUCCAGUACUACGUGAGGGCAGUCAUGGAGAAAUCAUCCCAGACGUUUGCAGAAUGCAAGCGAUAUUUCGAGGUGGUGGAACCCAUUGAUGUGAACACUCAAGAGCUCAUGGCUCCGGUUAAAGGAUCGAAACAGAAGAAAGUCACCUGCAUGUUUAUUCCCGAUGGCAGCGUUUCAAUAGUUGCUAGCAUAGGCCGCAAGGGUUACUGCGAAGGAGAAGACAUUUGCAUCGAUGCUCAGUUCGAGAACACCAGCUCUCGGAUUGUCAUUCCCAAAGCCGCCAUCAUAGCCAAGCACAUUUACCUGGCCAAUGGUCGCACCAAAGUGUUCGAAGAGAAACUCACUUCUGUUAGGGGAAACCACAUCAUCUCUGGCAUGGGUGAUAUUUGGCAGGGCAGAGUCCUCCGUGUGCCCAAGCUGAAGCCCACCAUCUUAGGCUGUGACAUUAUUCACGUCGACUACUCUCUAAGGAUCUACUUGCACAUCCCAGGAAGUGAAAAGCUGAUCCUAGAACUGCCCCUGGUCAUUGGGACGAUCCCCUACAAUGGCAUGAACAGUCGCACCAGCAGCAUGAGCAGCCAGGAGAGCGCCUCUAGUACCUGCGUGUCACUCCCGUCUUCUCCACCCAGCUACAGCAACAUCUCCAACCGCAUGGAUAGUUCGUUUAUUCCUCUGCUGGAUGAUUACGAUGAGGAUGACAGUCCAAUCUUCAUGCAGAUUCAUCAUCCUCUCCCCCCUCCUCCACUGUACACUGAGCAUAUCUGAGACUGCACUGGAAGUGGAGUUUUUUCAAUCGCUGCCUCAAAAUAUUCAACUCCAGAUGAAGAUCAAAUGGAGGAAGAUUCAGAUUUCGAAAAAAGGACCAUGCAUACUUGUGGACUAUCUAUCUUUGGUGAAGUCAUCUGAGGGCGAUUUAUUCAAUCACAGGACAUUUUUGCUGAUGUAAGAAUCCAUCUUUUGAAUUCUACAAUCUGUGUGUUUAAUUGUGAACCGUCCUCAGCAUCUGAGAGUUUGUGGAUUUAUCAUUUUGCCAUAUUGGCGCAAUAUUCAACCGGCUCUUUUUCCAAAUUGGAAUGUAUAGAGUGUAUGUUCAUUCAUAUCCAAGGGACUUAUAAUUUUGUGCUGUUUUGUGAGUGGAAACCAUAUUGCGUAUCAUAUUGAGUUGUUUGUUUGCUCACCUGCAUGGGUAUUUCUAAUUAAAUAUAGAAAUCAGAAUAUGCAUUUAUAUGAUUAUAUACAACAGACAUAUGUAGUCAGUUUGCUAUAGUCUGUAAUAGAGUAUCAUUGCCAGAUGUCUUGAAAAAUAUUUGUAUUAAUUUUUUUAUUUGAACAUCACAGUUCUACCGAUACAAUAAAACAUUCAAUUAUCAAA